AUGGCGGCCUGGCGGGUACCGGCGUCCGCGGGCGCUGCGCUCCGGAGGCAGCCGUCCGCCGCCCCGCCGCCAGAACCGCCCCGGGUCGGAGAAGGGUUCCGACAGCGCCUCAGCUUCACCCUCUGCUCCGCUUCGCAGGGAGACCGCGGCGGGUCUGGGCCCGACUCGCAGGGCGGGCCGGAGGAAGCAGCGAGGCGUCCGGCGAGCAAAGAGUUAACAGCGGCGGAGCGGAGGAUCUCGGAGCUUCACGCCGCCGCUUGCGCGGCUGGCCGGCUGAACUACGUGGACCCAGCUACUGGCUACAUGGUGCUCACCCGGCUGGCCCACUUGCAGAGAGGCAGAUGCUGCGGCUCUACCUGCAGACACUGUCCAUAUGGUCAAGUCAAUGUUAAAGAUCCAUCCAAAAAGAAGCAAUUCAAUUCACAUUUUUAUGUUUGA